UCGGCUUCCAAGGUUAAUCUCUUCAAUGUCCGUUUAGACUUCCAGAUUAUAUUUUUAUUAGACCGCCCAUUGAGAUACUUCAUCAUGCCAGGAUCAGAUAAGGUAUCCAGAUACCGUCUCAAAGUCACCGCAGGCCCCGACUACGACCCCGCAACCCACCAAGACGUCCCAGUAAACGAAGACCAAACACUAUACAUCUCAAACUCGCAUGCUUCCACAAAUCUCGCCGUCCGAGUCCAGAACUACACAGGCUUCCCAGACGGCGCGCCCAGAACCAACCCCUACUUCACACACCCCUUACACCAUAAAGACCAGUAUUCGAUCUCAUUCGCAAUCUCCUUCGCCAAACCAAUAAAUGGCGACGAUCUUCUAUUUGGCAACGACUUCGACAAUCCCAUCCGUGAUAGACUCCCGCCGGGGUUCGGGGCCGCUCUCCGUCUUGUCCAGUGGACGAUCGAUCCCUCGCUUGACGGCGAUGCACAUGCCGAUAAGCCGUAUUUGUAUAGUCCUGCGCUGGCGACGUGGAAUGCUCUCCGGGUCGGGAGACAAAUAGGCGGGGUAGAAGGUGUUGGUAAAUUGCCGGAUGUGCAUGGGAUGGUUGUUGAAGAGGGUGAAGAUGAGGGGGUUAGUGUUCGUGAAGAAUUGGGUGUACCUGGCGAAGUUGGGGCCAGGCGAUCGCAUUUCCACAAUGAGGAGAAGAGAAAAGAGUGGGAAUUUGAGGUGGGCAGGGUUUAUUUUGCAGAUUUUGGGAAUCAGUACUUGGACUUUAAUGACUUUACCCUUCGUCUUCCCGGGUUCAAUAUCAAUGCGUUGCAUUAUAUUGACGAGAAGACACAUUCCCUGCGGUAUGUAUUAAAAAACAGGACAACAGGGGAGGUUUAUCUGGUUGUUCUGUUCACUUUAGUUCACGAGAACGAGGAUCAGAAUCCUGUAUCUGGGCAACCAGGAAAAGUCAAAGGAGGCAGGUUUGACUGGGAGGAAGAACCGUCCGCGGCUGAUGUUGAGUAGAAUUAGAACGUGUAGAUAUACUAUUUCUAGCUGAUAGAACCCGAAUAUACGUCUAUUUUCUUGGACCA